CUUCGCCUCCCAUUGCCUCAACCUACCCAGCGAAUAUUUUGUCACUACAACGUUCAAGCCCUGAGAAUAUAUGAAUAUAUCUUCACAACCGAACAACCUGCACUGCCCUUGAAAUCCCAUUCACCAUCUCUAUCACAAAUACACCCAAUCAAUGACCGCCCCAGCUUCCACUCAAGCCGCAACACUGCAGCGGUUCCUCUCCGCCUGGAAGAAAUGGGACGCGCAAGAAUGGCUCUCCACCUUCUCCGACGAUUUCCAACAAAUCACCCUCCCCCACGGCCUGAACAUGCCCGUUCGGACCCGCAAGGAAGUGGAGGUCGUUCUGCCUGCCCUCGUCGCGACGGUGAAGUCAUAUGAACUGCACGUCCACCACGUCAUCCAUGAUCCCGAAAACAACAAGGCGGCGGUAUACGCGGCGUCGACGGGGACGCUUCCGUGGGGGGACUGGAACCUCGAGUACGCGGCUUUCCUGACGUUCACCGACGACGGAGGAAAAGUGGCCCGACUCGAGGAGAUGCUCGAUACCGCGUUUCUGCAGGAGUUUGGGCCGAAAUUCGGGAGGUACCUGGAGGAGAAUGGGGGGCCGGGGGCGGUCGCUGCGGGGGGGAAGUAG